AUGACCUCCCAUCGUGCCGAUGCCAGUACCUUCCUUGAUAACCGCGGCUAUACGGGGCCCCUGGUUCGCGGUGUCAACCCCGUCACGCUGUUCGAGAAAGCCGUGCGCGAUCGCAUCACCGACUCGUACUAUUGGAAGGAACAAUGCUUCGGUUUGAACGCAGCGACCUUGUGUGAUCGGGCCAUUGACCUCACCUUCAUCGGUGGUACCUACGGCGUUUCCGAGAAGCCAAGCCCGUUUCUUUGUCUCGCCUUCAAGCUUCUACAGCUUGGACCGGACAGAGACGUCAUCCUCGAAUUGCUCAAUUUCACCGACCCCGGUAGCGACGCGGAGGAGGAUGCAGAGGAUUCCGUCGUCAAGGAUCGUGGUGACUUCAAAUACUUGCGCGCAUUGGCCGCAUUCUACGUGCGACUGACUUUCGAUGCGGUCGACGUCUACAAAACCCUCGAACCUCUGCUCCUCGAUUACCGGAAAUUGAAGCGCCGUGUGCGCGACACCUUCACGCUCACAUUCAUGGAUCAAUUCGUCGAUGAUCUUCUCACCAAGGACCGUGUGUGCGGCACCAGUCUGUGGAAGUUGCCGCCGCGCGCUCAGCUGGAGGAUUUGGAUAUGUUGGAUGAGCGGAUCAGCCCGCUCCAGGAUGAGCUCGAGGAGCUUGAUCGGGACAAUAAUGAAGAUGAUUCUGAAAGAAGCCGACAGGGAAGUGAUGCAGGCUCCCCGCGCGGAAGCCAGGAGGGUGCCGAAGGUGACGAUUGA